GAGGGCCGUGGAGGCCAGGAGAGAGAGGAGGACAGCCUUCUGGACCAUUGUUGCGGUAUUGGAUGGGUUGAUGGGGGUUGAGUUCAAUAAAUAUGGUUUCCAGAACCGUAAAAAGAAAGCUUCACUCGCAGAGUGUAGUGACAAAGAAGAAAGAUUGUGUGGUAGAUGAUUUUCUCUCGAUUCCCUCGGGAUCACCAGCCAUCUUUAUAGGGACUGCUGACCACCAUCGACGAGACCUUCUCACCGACUCUGUCGGGUGUUCCUCCGUACCCUCUGGCGGAAAUCCAAUUGAGGCUCUUGGCAUGUUUCAAUAUGUCUCUCCGGGCCUUACCCGACGCGGUAACCCUGACAUUAACGUGAAACGGCCAGAAGACUUCAAUCUCCCGAAAUUGACCCAAGGCUUCCGAAUCGGGGAUUUCGCGGGGUUGAUCAGUGGUGCUGGAUGGACGAGACCGAGCGCUAGCCUCCAAGCCAAUAUAAUAAGCUAUGUGCCGGGUCCAUACCUCCGUAACUAUUACGGUGUUAGGAAAUUCUCCUGUGUCGUUAGGCCCCAUCGUCCGCGGUCCACAUUUUCUGCUUUUUUUUCCAUGGCGUUCUUGGCAUCGUUAGGGCUUGCUUCUCUUCACGUAGAGUCCGCCGCGAUAAAUGGAGAUAGGAUCGUCGCCGAAAGUCGAGAGCCGGCAUCCUGAUUGAUGGCCUUGAUGGGUUUCUGGUUCCGUGAUAAUCUCGCCUUGACCAAGUAUGCGAUGUGCAUCUGCCAGUUGAAGGGUUUGCCGCCGCGCCCCUGCACAAGUGCCUUGUUAGCGUGGGAAUCGUGGCGCAGCACACUCGUCCGACAAUGCCAAGAUCGAAGAUCUAUGGAAACCUUCCGGUCCAGGCCGGCACUCUACCAUUCUCAC